CUCAUGUGUAUCUUUUAUCAUUAAAAAAAACUGAUAAAUAGGAGAGAAUCUGUAGAGACUUAAAUGGGUUAAAGCCCAAUAUAUGCGACAAUAAGCCCAAUAAAUACCUCAACGCAUAUUCAUCUUUUUUCUCAAAUCUUAUCUGAUUUUCUCAUCACUCAUAAAUUCACAAUUCAGUGAUCGUCAUUUGCCCAAUCACAAAACCAAUGGGAUCAACUAAUAAACUCUGGAGCCGUAAACCAGACGUCAAAACCGGGAAAUCAGAAUUUCCGGUUACCAGAUUCCUCCGUACACAAAUCGAUAACAUCAAGACAACAACCGUCGGUCCCGGAAUCGGCGGCGGCAUUGGCUGCGGCGCUGGAAUCGGCAUUGGUCUCUCCGGCGGGCUCGGAAUAGGUGCCUCUGAAGGACUUGACCAUUCUAACGUGGUUCUUGGAUUCGGUAUUGGUUGUGGUAUCGGGUUCGGGUUUGGAUACGGAUUUGGAGUUGGCGGCGGGUACAGUUUCGAUGACAUCAAAGAGAGAUUUGACCUAUGAAAAAAAGCUCCGGUUCAUAAUUCCGGGUCGGGUUUGGGUAAAAGAUUUUUAAAGCAUUAUGUUAAUUUUGUACUGUAUUAACAGUUUUGUUAAUUAUAUAAGUUCAAUAAAAAUAUCCUCCCUUGUGUCCUUUUAUUUUUCAUAAUAAUAUCACAAUUAUGAAUGAUUAACAGAAAAACCAUAAAAAUUAUCACAUGAAAUUUAU